CUCUCCGUCGGUCGUGAUCGCCGUCUUGAUUGACGUUCCUGUAAAGCAAAUUUGCUGUAGAAGUAUCUUCGACUUGAUGAAUUAAAAUUAUCAGAUUCCUGUCCGCGGUCGGUCCUCGAUCUGAGAGGUAGACUAAAAAAGAUCCUCCAGGUCGUGGACUCUCACACUCUAAGUUAUGGCUCAGACUCAGUACAGUAAAUAAAUAAGACGUGAGCUGCAUCAAUCGUUUGUGAAGAAGAUGAUCAAUGCGAGAGACAAUGGCCGCAACCCUUUCUAGAUAAAGACAUCGGUGAGUGGUUCUUUUGGGAAAAUUUACGGAUCAAGACGAACACAACAGGAUUUUUUGAUGUUGAAGAAUCAGCAUAAGUCAACCUCAAGGUCAAGUCGGUUUAAGUAGAAGAUAAUGAAAAACAGGAGGACGAGCUGACCUCCGCUACAACUUUUGAAAUACUUCUGUCCUGGUCAGCAUCACAAUGUACACGGAUCCUGUGCUUACUACUUCUUCGAACAGAACAAAUCAUGAUCACAUGGUCUGCAGCUGCACCUCUAGCGCUUGUUCAACCAUCGGUUUUAAUACGGUUUAGCUUCUCAUCCGACCACUGUCUAGUCUACCCGGAAUGUCGCAUCAACAUGAGUCAAUCAAUCACGACGAUCUACUAUGAUCUUUAAACGCUCACAGCUGCCGUCACAAAUGUCGAAACCACGUCAAAUUUUAGACCCUCCCCUCUACUCAGAUUAAGUGCACCGCGUCAACAACUGUAGUUUGUUUGUCUUCUCACUUUUCUACAUCGCGGACAAGGUCAUCCAUAAUUAUUGCUGAAUUUUUCAGAUCAGCGUCCGCUUUACCUUUACCAAAUUCCACCCCAGUAGCACGCCCCUUCUAUCUUUUAUACGAAGCAACUUGCACUCUAUUCUUUUUCUUGUUCGAUCACAAUGGAGAAGAUUAUCAUGAUGAAAGCAAGCCGUCGGGCUGGAGUGACAACUCUCCUUCUUGGUGGUCUGUUGGCUCUCUCGUCCGGCAGCAGGGUAUCGGCACUUUCGUUGCAAGCUCGUGCUCCGGGGUCCCGGUCCUCCGCGCAACCAAAUGAAGUGGACGAGCGGGAGGAGGACGAGGAGUGCGCUGGUCUGAGUGUGUACAAGAAAUUUACGAGAGGCCACCCGAUUACCGGCGACGAUUGUUUGAAAGGCAUAGGAGAGUUUUGCAACAGCUUCUGCUCGCAGCCCAAUAAAGUCGCUGAGGCCCGUGCUCAAACCGGUGUUCAAACCUACACGGACCACGGCCAAGAAGGAUUCGAUCCGCUUCUCGCCGCCGUGGAGGACGUCCGUCCUCCCCCUCGCCGCCCCACCCCUGCUUCUCUUACAGACGACGCAAGCAGCGCCGUCGACGAAGCAGGACUUGGCCUUGACGCGGCGGCCCCUCCCGUCCCCACGUCCGCAGGCGGGAGACCUCUUCUUUACGAAAGAGACGGGAAACUCGUUCCUCGUGGCCCCGCUCCAGAAGGACAAACGCCUUUGGGAUUUCCCAACGAAGUGCUUGACUCUCUCGAUGAAGAGGGAACGAAAAUCCUGGGAAACCACCCGCGAAAGCGUUACUCGAUUGCCGUUUUUAAGCAGCCCGAAGGCGAUCGUCCGAAAAACCCAAAUCAACGCUUCGAUAUUGGACACGGUGUGCGAGCAAACAACACAAACACUGCACGGCGACAGACCCGCUCGCCGUGAGGUAAUAUCAUACCCUAGCAGUUGGACGGUACUAAAUCCCGAGUUGAGUUCUCGUCUCUGACUGCCGAUGGCGAACCCCACCUACUAUCUCAUGUCAACAAGCAGCUGUGAAUGUGAUCUAUUAGAUUGAAAGAAUUGUUUCCCUACAGCAGACUGAAAUUUCAAUUUCUACAUGAAAGUAACCUCACUUCUCCAGUGCGUAAGUAAAUGCCAGGUCAUUGUUUUUGUUGUAAAUGAGUGCUUGCAAACCAUCUGCGAUGAACACAGCUCCUGUCAUCCUCAUCUCCGCUACGCCUAAGAGGACUCCUGGCACUAGCGUGCAACUCCUAGCCCAGCAGGUGGUAGCGAGAUUAAGGGAACUACAAAUUAGCUAAGCUGUGGCAGCGUUGGCGGUAAAGUAAUAAGGUGGAGCACGUACUAGCUAAGCUCCCGAAAACGCCCAAUGCUAAGGUUUUGUUUAUAGGUCGACAGGGGUAGAAGUCGUAUAAUUUGGAAAUGCUUGCUAUGCGCAUUUUAUUUGACGCUGACACAAAUUUUGGUGUAUGUUCGAACCCCUCGCGCGUUUGUUAGCAUCGGGCCGCGCCUAGCAUCGAAACAAGCUAGCAACAAGCAUCUGCGCAUGAUCUGACCAACCCCAAAUAAUUAUCAUUAUCAUAAUUAAAUUAAUAAUUCAAAUUCUCAAGCGUGAUUUAAAUCCCUACACAACACGGACAAGCGCUGCUUAUCUGCAACCACUUGCAGCUACACUACAGCUGCUCGUCAAGAGAGCAAGAGUCAACUUCUUCUAUGCAUAGGCUUUCUACCUAGAGGUAGAGUCUAGAUUUCUGCUUGAGCUAGAUCGAUGAGUUUUCUACCUGUUGCGGUCUGAAAUCCAUCGAUAUCGCUCUAUGUUAUGGCAGCCUACAAGGAAAUCAGCCACUGACGAGUCGAAACGAGGAGUCGACUGCUCUAUGACACCUACAUAUAAGCAUGCAUUUACAUCAUCUAGAAGUAGAAAAAAAACAAGAACGAUAAUUUUCAAUUUCCACAAAACUUAUGAACGAACUCCGAGGACAGAUACCUUUCGUGCUUGAAGAUGUCGGUGGCGUUUGAAUUUCUACCGAAUAAUUCAGAUGACUUUUACAUCCAAGCGCAAGUCGUAGCUUUCUGUCUUAGUAUAAGUUUAUUGUGGAAGGAAGAUUAUAAGUUCUCCAAAAACCGCUCUGUUUUUGAUCUUGUCCGAUGUGGGGGAUGAUAGAUGAAACAGGUAUACAAACG